AUGAGUGCACAGCCAACUUUCAAUGGACCCUCGGCCAAGUGCCUCGAAUACGUCAAACAACACGCAGAGCGCGGCAAUCCGACCUCCGUCAUCAACUGCAUCGACGAGUUCGCGUCCACGAACCACAUGAUGAACAUUGGGCAAGUCAAGGGAGCCGUGAUUGACGAGGAGAUCCGCAAGAAAAAGCCAGUCGUGAUGGCAGAACUGGGCGGUGAGUUGUACUUCAUCGACCACGAGAAGACGGUCUAUUUGUCCGAUCUAAAGCUGAUUAUCGGCAGUCAAACGUUGGCUCCCGGCUCUUUUAUUGAGAACAACCCUCAAUUCUCGACUGAGCGCCACACGAUCAGUUGUGGACGUGACGGCCUAUUGCUGCCAGACCUUUCCAUCGCCACAUCCUUAGGAUAA